GAGCACACACACACAGAAAGUCCACCCCGCUCACGUGCACAGACACACUCGCUGUACAUACAUCGAGUGGAGCAGAUCAGAAAUCUUUGCUCCUCUCGUCAGCCAAAGGAAAACACCUGCAUGGAGAAGAAAAACUGAUUUUGCAAAUCAAAGUAUGGAAGCCAAGACAAGGAGGUAGAAGGGACCAAAGUUUUAUCAGUUUCUGAGGGAAUACUGGAUUUCUCAUGUUUGAGCUUUUGUCUUGUUCUUUUUUUUUAUUUUUUUCCGCUCUCUCAUCUCUUGGUGACAGGAAUGUCUCUUUGAUUUUGGAUUUCCAACAGGUGAAAGUUUCUAUUUUUUGAGCAGUUUGUGUGAGAAGCAGAAAAUAUGUCAAGCGGACGGCUCAGUCACCUGCUGAGGGGAGUCCUGCUGCUCCUUCCAGCAGCAGCUGUAAUUGUAGCAGGAACAAGGAGUAAACUUUGGGAGGUACCCACUGGUCACUUCACAUCCUCUUCUAAUCAAACCGAGAACCUCCCAUUGGAACGCUGUCAAAACCAGAGGACGGAGUACGACGUAAAAAUCACAGCAGAUAUCCCUCCCAAACUGGAUGGGACAUGGGUGUCAACAAGAUGUGAAGUUCGGCCCGGUCCAGAGUUCCUCACCCGAUCCUACACCUUUCAUUCCAACCGUCACUUCCAGGCACUGCAGCACUACUACACUGAGAGCAGCUGUGAAGACCCGGCCUACUCCCUGAUGAUCAGAGGCAAGAUCCGUCUGCUCCAGGCCUCCUGGAUCACCCGUGGGGCCACCGAGGCACAGCACCACCUCAGCAGAGUGGGGAUUGUGGUUCACAGCGUGGCAGCCAAGCAGAGGCUGGCCUCCAGGCUGCCUCCAACCUGCGUGAGCCUGAGCCUCAAUGAAGCGGUGCCGGGAAAGCUGUUUGAGCUGUACAACACCCGCGCAGGCAGGGCGUGUCUAGCAGCCAUGGGCUUCUCUGUGACGGAGAUGGGUCUGGUACGCGUGGAAACGCAGCAUCGCAGCCGUGGAGGGAAGGUUCAGGAGCUGUUUUUAGGGGAUAUUCACACAGACUGGGCCCAAAGAAUCCAACACAGACCCGCAGGGUACCAGCAGCCUCUGCAGAACGCCAUGCAUCACAUCCAUCCCUGCCCUGUGUGUGCCCUGGUGUACCGAUCCUCAGAGCAGCGCCCCCCUGUGUUACCCCGCGGUCCUGCAGUUCCUCUGUCUCUGGCAGGCCACUGGGUCAGCCUGCGCUGUGAAACCCGACCCAACGUUCUUUUCCUCACCCGAGACUUCACCUUUAACCCAAGCCAGCACGCCUGGGAAGGCAUCUACCGUCACUACUUGGACUCCGCCUGCUCACAGCCCACGUUCACCCUGAGAGCCUGGGGGCACUUCGCUCAGGGAAACCCCUCGUCCAAACUCUCAGGAGCCUCUGAGUUCGUCUUCAAGGUAACGCAGGUGAGAGUCACGGCCAUGGACGAGUCCACUUCCAAGCUGCUGAACAGCACAAGACCGGGAAAGUGUGGACGAGCGGGAGAGUGGAGGGUCGGUGUGGAGCAGGACUUGACCCCCACAAACGGAUGUCCUAUGCUGGGCAUCAAGCUGCCACAUAAGGAGUAUGAGCUCUUCAAGAUGGAGCUGGACCACAGAAAACGCCCGCUGUUAUUCACAGGAGAGAGACCGACUGACGGGUCCAGUCCAGAUAGACCAUUAAGGCGGCCCACCUCCUUUCAGGCUCCCAUGGUACUUUGCAAUGGGGGGGAGACACACCCCUCCUUCUCAACUUUUAAUAGCAGGCAAUUACAGUUAGCCAGUGGGACAGCAGGUCUGGAGAACCUGGUGCUACUGGUGUUUGGAUCCGCACUGUGCAGCUGGCUUGUUGUUUACUAGAGACGUUCUCACAAAUCAAACCUGGUUCUCAGCUCAAGGCGGAGAUGGCUGUUUGGCAGCUGAAAUCAUCUGUUCCCUUUAAAGACUAGAGCUGAAACAAGAAUCAGGGGACAGUUUAAAAAGCGCUGAAAGAUUUUUCACAUCUUGAACUCAGAUGUCCACCUCAUGAGUAAAAGACUAACCUGUUCAACAAGACCCCAUUCGAGAAUGAAUUGAAAGAAGAUGGGAAAGUAUCUUUGACAAUAUUUAUCCAAAAGUGCCAUAAUCCAUUAAAUAAAUGAAUUCUGAAAUAAUUAUUCCAGAUUUCUAGUGCAAAUAUCAUAGUACACUUGAAAUAAGGCAAAACUAACUUACAUGUAGCUUUUCAGCAAGGCAAGACAUAAGAGCUUGUUUAAAGUCAAUAAUUCAUUAAUAUUGAUGAAAAAGUAUUAGUUCCAUUGACAGAUUAUUUCACUUUCACAUUUUUCCCAUGUCUUGUUAUAAAAAGAGAUUGUAAUAGAGCCACUGAAUGCACUCAAAUUCAUUAGAUGGCAGAAAUUGUUUUUCUGGUUGUUUGGAUAGAUUAAUGAGUUUUCAUUAAUCCUGAAUAUAAAUAAAGCAGAAAUCAUGGUUUAGCCUGCAAAUUAGGUUUUCUGGACAAGACUGAAGAAAAAAAUAACUAUGUAAAAGGCAAGUAGAUUUAUAGCUUUCCUAGUUACUGAUCUAUUUAAUCAUGUAAAUAAGGAUUAUUUGUGUAUAUAUUUCAAGAAUUAAUGACACCCAGAUAUUGAUUAAAUGACAUAUUUAUUAAUGGAGUAUGGCACUUUUGGACCUCCAUACAUUUUAGCUUUGGUUUGGAUUGUGCAGAUGUUUUCCUCCGAUGGCUCACCUGCAUUCUUGAAAAUCUAAGAAUGUUUGAGGUGUAAUAAUUAAACAAAAUACUAAUACUGACAUGAGUCAUUUCCACAUUAAAAUUUAAGAGAUGCAUAUUAAUUCACAUUUAUCAGGAGACACCAUAACCAAUUCAGUUUGUACAGAACAUUUUUUAUUCUUCAUUGCCUAAAGACUAGUAGCUAGAUAACCACCGUCACUGAUCCACAGACACUGUGGACUGAAAUGUUAUUUUAUCUUGAUGCCUUUCUACCAGCAAAGUAAUCUAAUCAAAUGAGUAUUUAUUUUUUACCAUUUAUUUUGUAUAUUUACACAAAAGAUCAUUUUUUUGCUAAAAUGGUUCCCUUGUCAUUUAAUAUUUUGUAUGUCAAUUAAAAAGGACUUUUAAUAACA